AUGCGAGGAAAUGUUGCUAAACUUUUGAAAGGAAUUGAUCGGUACAAUCCUGAUAAUCUCUCAACAUUAGAACGAUAUGUUGAAAUGCAAGUUCGAGAGAAUACUUAUGAUCUGGAAGCCAAUUUGGCUGUAUUAAAACUGUACCAGUUUAAUCCAACCUACUACAACAAAGCUGUUGUUAUGCACAUUCUUUUAAAAGCCCUUACCAACCUACCGCACACAGACUUCAUUUUGUGCAAGUGUCUAAUUGAUUCUCCUAAACAAGAAACUGAGGAAAUGCUAAAAAUUUUCCAAUUGGCUGACAUCUUGGAAACUUGCCAAUUCAAGGAAUUCUGGGCUGAAAUUGCCAAGGAUCCAAAUAUGAUAUACGGCAUCACUGGUUUUGAUGAUUCAAUCAGGAAGUAUAUUUGUCAUGUUGUUGGAAUCUGCUAUGACACCAUCCACAAAGACGUAUUUGCUGAACUAUUAGGAGAUCUCUCAGACAAACAAGUGAAUCAGUGGGUAGCCAAGUAUGGGUGGAAAAUGAUUGACAGUCAAAAUAUUUUUAUCACAAGUCAAGAGGAAAACAUCAAAACCAAGAACAUCACAGAAAAGAUCACAUUAGAAAGUGUUGCUGCCAUUAUGACAAUGGCAGCACAUUCCAAAGUGCCGCAGCCACCAGCUAUUCAAUAA